AUGUCAGCCUCAAGCGCUCGAGGGCACUAUGCCAACCCACCUCUGGAGGAUGAGGACGACCUGAUUGAUCCUGAUGAUGCUGAUCUUAAUGACUUCGACGACCCCCUUGCGACGAAUUCCCGCCAGCCCUUGACAGGCAACAUCGGCUCUAGCUCAUCAUCGCGACCACUGAACGAAGGAUACUUGACAUCGCGCAUCCCCGGCGAAGACCGAAGCGCCCCUCUGAACACAAUUGACGAGACUGUAUGGGAGACAUUGCGUCGCGACCUGCUUGCCGUCUGGGCUAAGCUCAGAGAGGUCCUUUACCCCCGUUACCUUCUAGGUGGUACUAUGUUCGACAGUGAAGGGGGCCUUCGCGGCGCCUACUCAAGCAUCCGUGGUGCAGGUCUUUCAGGGACAAGAGAGGAGCUUACUGGACUGGCAAGUCGCAUGGUCGACGCUGAAGCUUUGCUGCAGAGCAAUAUGACACCCGGCCUUCGCGACUGGGAUCUUUGGGGUCCUCUGAUCUUCUGCCUGCUUCUGAGUGUUCUUCUGAGCUUCACUGCUCGUUCUGAACAGCGAGAUGCUGUGUUCAGCGGCGUUUUCGCCAUGAUCUGGCUCGGCGAGGCUGUAGUGACUCUGCAAAUCAAGCUGCUAGGCGGAAAUAUUUCAUUUGCUCAGAGUGUCUGUAUCAUUGGCUACACUCUUUUCCCUCUGGUUCUUGCUGCCAUGAUGUCUGCCCUGGGUCUCCACUGGAUCGCUCGUAUCCCAAUUUACCUUGUCUUGAUCGCUUGGUCUCUGGCCGCUGGUGUUAGCAUCUUGGGUGGCAGCGGCGUCGUCAAGAACCGGGUUUUCCUUGCAGUGUAUCCUCUUCUCGUCUUCUAUCUUGGUUUGGGCUGCCUGUGCUUUAUCAGCUAA